ACUUAUACUUUGAGAUCUGUUCUGGUACGCAAACCCUGAAACUGGUGACGAGCUUGAAGUGACUCUCGGGCAGACUGAACUGCGCGGCAAAAGAGGGGGGAAACAAACAAAAACAUGUGGCUGUGGCUGUGAGAAAACGGGUACGUAAUCUCUCAUACAUUAGUAAAAUUGGCGUCGGUACGGGCUCAGAGUGACUCACUGGUGCGGCACAUUGAUGCAGUGUAUUUAGGUAAAGCGCUAGAUGGAUACGCGUCAUCCAAAAGAGUCAAAUGUGCAGGUGAGGAAAACAUAUAUACCUCUUGAGCUGUGAAUGGUCUCAGACAUCAUGGGUUUGCAUUCGUCCCAAAAGAAGCACUUUCCCCUGCGGGGGAUCGACGGUGUGGUCCAGCUGUUUGAUGCUGAGCUCCGUAAGUCUGAACCAGACUUGGCACUUCUCUCCUUGGUCCUGGGUUUCGUUGAGCACUUCUUGGCGGUAAACAGGGUCAUCCCCAUAAACGUACCCGGAGUUCGAUUUGAGCCACUGGAGCCGGACUGUCCCAACUCCUGCUUCCCAACAGUGGAGCUGGGAAUGAUUUCUGCGUUGUACGAACGCUUUACGGCUCAGAUCCGGGGUGCAGUGGAUCUGUCGCAAUACCGUCGAACUGCUGCAGGAUCUAGCAGGGAGUUGGUGAAAAAAGUGUCAGAUGUGAUCUGGAACAGUCUAAGUCGCUCAUACUUCAAAGACCGGGCCCACAUUCAGUCUCUCUUCAGUCUCAUCACUGGUACCAAACUGGACAGCUCUGGGGUGGCAUUUGCAGUGGUAGCAGCCUGCCAGGUGUUGGGUUUAAAGGAUGUCCAUCUGGCCUUGUCGGAAGACCACGCAUGGGUAAUCUUUGGCAAAAAUGGUGAAGAGACAGCCGAGGUCACAUGGCAUGGAAAGGGUAAUGAGGACCGCAGGGGGCAAACAGUAACAGCUGGAGUAAAUGAGAAGAGUUGGCUUUAUCUGAAAGGCUCCUACAUGAAAUGUGACAGAAACAUGGAGGUGGCCUUCAUGGUUUGUGCCAUCAACCCGUCACUGGACCUGCACACUGACAGCUCAGAGCUCCUGCGGCUACAGCAGAAACUCCUCUGGUUACUAUAUGGACGAGGUGACCUAGAUAGGUAUCCCAUGGCUAUGGGCACUCUGGCAGACCUUGAAGACCAGGAUCCAAUUCCAGGGAAGGAGAACCCUCUGAAAAUCCACCUCAAGGCUGUGGGUUCGUCGCAGAAGCACUACCGCAACGAACAUAUCUACCCCUACAUGUACUUGGCUGGAUUCCACUACAGACACAGGAAUGUACGGGAGGCUUUGAGGGCCUGGGCUGAGGCUGCGCAGGUCAUGCAAGAGUAUAACUAUUUCCGUGAGGACGAGGAGAUCUAUAAAGAGUUCUUUGACAUCGCAAAUGAUGUUAUCCCCACCCUGCUGAAGGAGGCUGCUGCAGAGAGCACUGGAGAGGGAGGAGAGGCAGGAGAAGGAGCUGAUAAGGAGCACCCUAAGCAUGCUGCAGACCUGUCAGCACUGCAGGACCCAGAAUGCUUUGCCCACCUGCUGCGUUUCUAUGAUGGUAUCUGCAAAUGGGAGGAGGGCAGCCCCACUCCAGUCCUUCAUGUGGGCUGGGCCACAUACCUGGUUCAGUCUCUAAGCCGCUUUGAUGCACAGGUGCGUCAGAAGGUGUCCAUUGUCACCAAAGAGCCCGAGACUCAGGAAGAUGAUGAUCAGUCCAGCGAUGACCCCCGGGAGGGACGCCGGCGAGGCCCCAGGAGGGAGUCAAAGCUGGAGGAGCAGAGCUCUCCUCCUCCUGCAGCUCCUACCUCUCCCACCCAGUCAGCGGCGACGGCAGCUACGACCGCUCAGCCCAAGAAGGUGGGGGAGGGUCGGCGCCGCUCCUCCCAGGGCUUGCGAACCGGUGACGUCGAAGGAAAACCCAAGUCCCCCAGUCCAGACUCUGCACCCUCGUUGUCAUCCCAGCAGCAGCAGGCACCCCCCUCGCCCUCCAGCGGCCCAGUUGUCAUCUUUCAGAGCGAGAAGAUGAAGGGGAUGAAGGAACUGCUGUGUGCGGCCAAGGUCAACUCCAGCGCCAUUAAGCUGCAGCUCACCGCUCAGUCACAGGUCCAGAUGAAGAGGCAGAAGAGCACGCCGGCAGGGGACUACUCUAUGUCUUUCAUGAAGCGUCAGCGCAAGUCUCUAUAGACGGGUUGAUUGUUGGAGGAGGAGAUGAAACAUACUGUGAACAGCAACACACACACUCAAAAAACACCACUUUAUUUGAAGGGGGUUGUAUGAGACUGACAUGAAGGAGUCGUGCAGGUUAUGACAUUGUUUUCAGUCAGUUAUGUCAUUUUUAUUGCAAAGUUUACAGCAAGAUUUUGACAUGAGGCUUUAUUAUGACAAUGUGACAUAAGCCAAGACAACACAACGUUUACACACCUGACCUAGCAGUCUUAACUAAAAGUAUCAGAUGAAUAUCAGUGAGCGAUAUAGAGAUUUGUUAUGAGUGAUGACCUUAUAUUAACAUUUUUACCAUUAAUGGUAUUAGCUUUUUGUUUUUUGUUCAGUAAUAUAAAUGUAUAGAUUUUAUCUGUAGUUUUCAGUUUGAUGUGAAUAUGUAGAAGUCUUAUUGCAAAUUGUACUUGAUUUGAUUUUAUAGCCCUGAGGCACACUUUUAUUUUCAAUUCGGUUUUGUAUAUGUGUCAGUUCCAAGUACAGGUUAUUGUUCCCCUCAAUCAGUAAUAAUAGAUACUGUUUCAUCCUUAAAGCAAUAUAUGUAAGUUUUUGUAUUAACAUUACAAACAUUCUGUAUUUGACAGUUUUACAUGUUUUGCCAUUCUAAAAUUAUUUGACAGCAAAGCACUAAUGACAAGUCUAAAUCGUCCUCUGUAGUUUAAUCUUUUACCAGUUAUAUUGAUCGAGCGGCAGCCAAUGUCAAAACCAACCACAUCAUUUUAAUGUUGACAGGGUUAUGAGGUUUUGUUUUCUUGAUUUAAGUCAAGUCGUCAUGACAAAGACGUGCAUUAAAAAUGACAUAACUGACACCGCUGUCAGGAAGACUCAGUCACAACAGACCCUCUCAAAUGAAGUGUUAACAAAAACAAGCUUUGUUAAACUUUUACCAGUGUUUUCAUUCAGAUCCAUUUUCAGUCAAUAUACUUGUAGUUUCUAGCAAUAUCUGACUCACAUGGGUGAUCCUGAGUUGGCGUCACAUAUCAGGUUUAAUGCAGUUUUUAUUUAAUGCUUUAGAUUAAACUGCCUGGUUUGAUUCACUCAUCACUACUUUAUUUAAUUGGCAGCCAAUUGCACACUCAUUAACUUCUUGUUGAUUUAAAUGUGUUUAAAGUAAAGGGAGCCAAAGUGGUGAGGACGACCAGAAGACACCCGUCAGACGUGUAAAUAUCAACUUGUACCAGAAGGAAUCUGUUCACGACUGAAGCCUUGGAAGUGAUUGAAUUAGGAUAGUUACUGUGUAACAUUGUCCACUUCUGUUCUAUUGACAGUUUCUUUCUCGCUAGCUCUAUGUUGCCUUACUUUGCCUUCGUUCUUUUAUAAAGUAGGUGGCCUUUAGUUUUGACUAUAGCUGAGCUAGGCCUAUUUCUAAUGAAUAGAGAAGACCAGAAAGACCAUGCACUGUUGAGUGGGAGCCACUUUAGGUGGCCCCGCUAUGUUGUAUUUGCUUGAUGACUUGUGGUUUUUGUUGUUUUUGUAUCUGCAAGUAAUAAAGACCUGAUUAAAAAUAG